AUGAAUAUCAAUUUCAGAGCACAACCUGAGCCUCAGCUGAGCCUCAUCGGAUCUAUAAAGCCAGGGCCCAAGGAGGGUAACACUAGUUCCUUUUUAUGCAGACACAACCCUCAUCCCAGACCAGUGAGCCACGUUAAAGGAUUAAACAAUGUACCCGUCUGUGUUGUGAGAGAUUCAGGCAAUUCUUCAGGACAUUUCAUAAUGCCAGAGAUAGAACAGCGUCAGAGUCUCGUGUGCACUAGAACAGCUGUGGGAUGUCCUUUUUCUGAAACCACCACACCAAGCCUGCCAUCUCUCACUAGCAGAAAGAAAAGUUUCCCAAAGCCAAUUUCACAUGCUAUGAAAGAAGACAUUGCACAACUCCCCAAAAGAACAGGGAACACGCUCAUUUUAAACAGAAAGGGUGAUCCUCUGAGAAAACAUAUUCCAGAAAAGUCACAGACUAUGCCUGCUCCUGACGUUCGUGCCCUUUCACCAGCCCUGGCCCUCCGUUACAGACCAGAAAUCAUAGAGAAUAUGAAUUAUAGCUCAACCUAUCUGGACAAUGAAAUAAAAAUCCUAGGAAAGCUUCGUGAUAUUUUACAAAUAGAUUCCAUUGCAGUGAUCCAGGACUGGGUGUCAAAGGCAAGUCUCAAAGAAAAGGAGUUUAUAUCAAAUUUCAUACGUUCAGACAUCACCACCAGAGAUCUGCUGAAUUAUCAUCAGCAAAAUGUGCAGAGUAGAAAUGAAGUGGCACAUCUAAAUUUGCAGGCUAUGCUGAAAGGGCCAAAAGCCAAAGAAUCAACAGAGGAAGAAAAACAGCUUAGGAAUAUAAACGAAGGAUCAACAGCCAGUACAGGAACAAGAUCAGAUAGGGGAAGAGAUCAUUUGCUCACAAGGAAAGAGAAAAUCAGAAUCCCAACUGUGGACUCGCUGCCCUUAGAUCAUUCUCCCACCAUACCCAAAAUUCAGGAAAGCAAGCAGACCUCUCCAAGAAUACCACAAACCAACAGCCAGCUGCUCUAUACCAGGUCUCGUGGUAAGCGGCCACAACGUAAUGCAGAACAAAAUAAGCCUCCGAAGAACCUGUGA